CACGUACCUAGCUAGCUCUACGUGGUUUUACUGUGUCCGUAGAAACGAUAAAAUGAGUGGUUACGGUCGUUUUCUUAUGCGAGGGACUGCAGGUCUUUUUCGGGAGGGACGUCUAUACUGCACCAGCGCUCGCUCCGCUUCCGGCUCGUUCUCCCCUCACUCGUCGUCCGUGCUGGCCGCCAAGUCGCUGGGGGAGGUCGUGCGCAGUUGGAUGGUCUUCAAACUGCUCAGCUUCGACUGGAUUGUUCGCAACAGUCUCACGUUGUUCAAUGUGUCCACAAGACUACUGGGACCUGGUCUCACACGGCAAUUGCUGAGAGCUUCGAUCGGCGGCCAGUUUAUGGGAGGGUUCUCAGAGGACGAGGCCAGAGGCGUGGCACAGAGAAUGGCGGAGCAGAAUAUGUGCUCCAUUUGGAGUUUCUCUGUGGAGCAAGACCUCAGUGAGAAGGGUGUUGGGCUGAGUCAACAGGAGGCCAAAUUUGACGAAGUGACUGAGCGCUACCUCAAGACCAUUAGUCUGUCAGGAGUGCACAACUACCUAGAGAGCCCUGUCAAGAUGGCAGCAAUCAAAGUGACCGCAAUUGUGCAGCCUCACAUACUGUUCAACCACAAUCAGUUACUACCUAUCCCCGUUCUCCAGUUCAAACUCAGCCAAAUGCUGGGAGCAGUUCAAUGCCAAGUGGAAUGGCUGGAUUUGGGUGAGCCAACUGAAGCAGCAGAGAAAAAACGAAUCGAAGUCGCUCAACGGAUGAGUCGUUUCAAGGUGGGCGAGGAAUUGGAGGAGACCAGUCAGGCCCGAGGCUGUGAGGUGUCUCCCUGGACUGCCACUGAGAAGGAGCAGUUAGCAAGACUCACUGAGAGGCUGGACAAAAUUGGGGAGUGUGCUGUGAGGGAGGGAGUGGGGGUGCUAAUGGAUGCAGAGGAGUCCAGACUCCAGCCAGCAAUACACCACCUCACUGUCCACCACAUGAUGCCUCGCUUCAACACCUCCAAACCUUUCAUCUACAACACCAUCCAAAUGUACCGCAAGAGGUCUCUGGAAGCCCUGCUAGUUGAUAUUUCUGCUGCCAAGAUUGCAGGCUUUCGCUAUGGAGCCAAAUUGGAGGCGACAGACGCCAACUAUGACCGGGGUGUGCGGUGUGUCCUGGAGGAAAUAGCUCGGGGUACCCCGGAGUCUGGGGUAGGAGGAUUCCUGGUCGCCACUCACAACAGAGAAUCAGUCGAGCGAGCCGUCCGGUUGAUGCAGGAACUAGGGAUUCCCAGUAACACUGAUGCCGUAUGUUUUGGCCAGCACAUUGGCAUGACAGACUACAUUGCCUACGCCCUCGUGGAGAGAGGCUACACCGUUCAGAAAUAUUUGCCCUUUGGAGAGGUGAAGGACGUUAUUCCCUUCCUCCUUCGACGUGCCAAUGAGUACAACAAGACAUCAGAGAGUGCUCAGUUUGAGAGACAGCUCUAUAGAAGGGAAAUUGGCCGGAGGGCCCCUCGCGAGGUCGCGACCUUUGAGUUGAGGAAGAAGGCUAGUUGGUGGCCUGAGCGAAAGAGCAUGCCUCGGUUGUGGGUUUGCUGUGUGUUGGUGGCGUGGGUGUCUUCUCCCGGAGGGUGUGCGGAGAACGUGAUGAGCUCGGAGAGUGGCUACCUCAUGAGGCAGCACUCCCUCGCGGCGCCAUACCAAGGUACAGGUCUAGAGAUCCCGUACUGGGAGUUUGGUGGGGCAUCUGUCGUGACCAGCUCGUAUGUGAGACUAACUCCAGACAGGCAGAGCAAACAGGGCAACCUCUGGAACCCUGUGCCAUUUCGUGUCCACAACUGGGAGGUGGUGGUCCAGUUCAGUGUACAUGGUCAGGGUCAGAACCUGUUUGGAGACGGCUUUGCUCUAUGGUACACCAAAAACAGGGGAAACCUCGGUCCAAUAUUUGGAAGUUCAGACUAUUUCACAGGUCUUGGGAUUUUCUUUGACACUUACAGUAACUACAAUGGAGACCACACACACGAACACCCGUACAUAUCGGCCAUGAUAAACAACGGCUCAAUGCAUUACGACCACGACAGAGACGGGACCCACAGUCAGGUCGCCGGCUGCACCGUCUUGUUCAGAAAUUCCCCCCACGACACUUUUGUGGCUGUCACAUACAUCGACAGGACACUUACAGUUCACAACCACGACAUCAUUGCAGUCAAGACCUAUGAUAUUGGAGGAGUGCAGGAGGGAGGGACCAUUGCUGAGGAACUGGACUGGUCAACUGUAGUCCCUCAUGCCAAAGAUGCAGAGGCACCUCGGCCUCACGUGGACACCAUUCCUCCGUGGUUCGGUCCAAACAUGUACAGGGCAAUCUCGGCGGGGAUGUUACUGCUACUGGUGAUUGGAGUGGUGGCCGUGGUGGGCGGAGUGUGGUUCGUGAGGGCUCAGAGCAAACGGAAAAAGCACUUUUUCUGAUUCAUAGCAUCAGUGUUAUAUUGUUCCUUGCUGCAUGUUCUGUGUGUGCUCUCCGCCUCGCUAUC